AUGAGCAGUGCAUACAUCAUCCACAGAACCGAUCGCACCGAAGAAGACUACAUCAUGCCCAAACCCUCUGCAGACCCUGAGCCCAGCCAUCCCCAUGGCCCUUUCAUCACCUUCCGUGUGCUCAGCGACAACUCCGAUCCAACUUCCAGCGAGGCCUUCGACACCAAUUGGGAUCAAAUGCGUAUCAAAGCCAGAUUCGGCAGCAUCAUGGCAGCUGGAGCGGGUUACUGGUGGGAAGAAGGUCGCAAGUGGCUGCACCCUGAGCAGACCCCCGAUGAGCAUGGUCACACCGUUCGCAUCAUCUACCGCAAGGAGCCUGAGGAGCCAGCCGAUGUUCUUGAUGUCGAGCUCGAGAACAUGGACACCAGCGAGCUGUGA